GAUGGUAUCACGUGAUGCAGGCGAAACGCUUCUGAGGGAGUGUACGGAUUCUGCUGCUAAAUUCACGGAAAAUGGUCGUAUUGUCCUAUCCUAUCGAAUGUCUUCCGACGUAGAUGAAACGGGAAAAGUAUAAGACAUGAUCAGGGUUCUUCAAAAUCUCCCACAAAGAUUGUUUAAGUCCUACCAUGGAGGUGUCUACUGGGCCAAUAGAGGGCAGCCUGUUGCCGAAUCUCAGCGAAGGAAGCAUCAGGAUAAGAUAAUUGUCGUCUCUUUUCCAAGUCAUGAACUUGAUGCGAGUCUGCACACCAGCAGCAGACUUGAGAAGGUUGGACACCAAGGAAGUUCUGAUGAAGAAUGGCAAAGGAGUUUCAAGCAGAGGAUAGAAUGGGAUUCCUUCCGUAGGUCUAGCUAUGCAUCAGAAGCUCUGGGAUGGGGCUCCAUCAUUGUUCUUGGCCUUCAGCUUGGCCGCUUCAUCUCGACAGGACCACCUGGUGAAAAACAGAGGAGGGGCCACGAGCGUCUGCUGUCCUCUAUUGCUCAUGUCCUACCAUGCCCGUAUUCAUCAAGGCAUGUAUCACAUCGGAGGAGCAUUCUUCCAGAGGAAGAGGCAAGCAAGAAGAGGAGCCAUGAUACAUCUCAAUCGUCUUCAGAUGAAAGUUCAUCCUACCUGUCAGAUGAAAGCCCAUAUUGGGAUUUCAAGCCCUCUGAUGACCAUCCAGGUGGACUUCAGAAGACAAGCAAUGAGAAACCAUCUCCACCAGCAUCCGUCUCUCCACCAACCCAGGUUCCUUCAUUCAAUCAGUCAAGUGAUUCAUCCUUCCCUUCAUCUUCCUCCAUCCCAACUGGUAUCCCGCCACCAUCUGCUGGGGAAUCUAAAGUUCCGUUUGACCAGGUGACCCGGCAGUGCUGGGGUCGGGUCAACAACAUCAUCGGAGGUCACCUGAUGUCGGAGGGAGAUGAAGAGAAAGCGGUCCACCACUUCAAGAUAGCCAGUCAAUCUGGUUACAGCAAAGGACAGUACAACCUUGGCAUGUGUUAUGAACUAGGCAAAGGAGUUCUUCAAGAUGAAGCACAGGCUGCUGUGUUCUUUGGCCUGGCUGCCGAGCAGGGUCAUUCACACGCCCAGUAUAAGCUUGGCACAUAUCACCUGGAUGGGAGGGGUAAUGUGAAGCAGUGUGAACAGACAGCAUUAACCCUCAUCGCACAGGCAGCUGAAGGUGGUGUGGUUCAGGCCCAGAGUUAUCUAGGAAUGUACUACAUGACUAGUGAAGAACCUGAUCCUCAAAGGGCUGUGGCUUAUCUUCAAGAAGCUGCAAAGAAAAAGGAUGUUGAAGCACAGUACCAUCUUGGAUUGUGCUAUGAGUAUGGAUGGGGUGUAGAAACCAAUGAAGCGAGGGCAUCUAGUCUGUACCACUCUGCAGCAAGCAAAGACCAUGCACCUUCACUCUAUUCAUUGGCUCUCUUCCAUGAACAAGGUUUAGGAGGUUUACCAGAGGAUCAAUCCCAUGCAAAAGAGCUCUUCAUCAGGUCCAGCUCAUUAGGUUAUGAAAAGGCUACAGAGAAGCUCCUCGAGAUGGAUGCAGAAGAAAGGGGUCUCCACAGAUUCAGACUUGAUUCAAACUCGACUUUGAGCUCAGAUCCAUGGACCACAAGCUCAGAGUCAGGCUCGGAGACUACAGGAGGAAGUGGAUCUCUUUUCAGUCCAUUCUCAAGCAGCAGCAUAGACUCGGAUAUAUCAAUAUGUUUCGAUGCAGGAGCACCGAUGUGUUUAGACUUGAAAACUCUACUUCCUCCCGCCAGUGGGAAUAUACAUGUAUCAUCCAGCGCACCUGAACUCAACGACAAGAAGCGCGCGUCAGACCUGGGAGGGGGUGGAGACGGGCCACCUGUGAAUUCCAUCCUGCAUAGUUUGUCCUGUCUGACCUUUUCUACACUGCAUGAGGGGUCAAAGGUCAAAGGUCAGUCUGAUGGAGAAUGGAUGCUAGGUCCUCAAAGAUUUACCUUUGGUAUGACAGGAGGUCAGGAUUCUGGAGGAUCAGAGAAAGUCACCUUUCAGCUUGGAUGUCUUGAUGAAGAGGAGAAUAUUGACUGGUGUGAACCCAUUGAUGCUAUUGCUCAACAGAGACUGUUGUCAUUGAACAGAUCUACAGUUGUUCUGUAGAUCAAUGAAGGAAAUGAAAUAUAAUGACCACUAAUGAUGUUAGAAAAGUGGAAAUAUUUUUACAUGUAAUGUAUUGUAUAAAUGCAAAGGAAAUGAGAGUGGU